CCAACAAUGACCAAGCACUCUGUUCAACGACAUCCAUCUAAACACAAGCUGUGGAAGAACCACGGUGUUGGUUCUGUUGGACCUCAGCGCAGCAUGGUCAUUUGUUGACCACGGACUGGAGAACUGUGUUGGACCCUCUGGCACAGCAGCUGGCUGGUUCCAAACUUACCUGAAGAACCGGGACUUCUUUAUGUCAGCAGGUAACUUCUCUUCACAGCAGACAAAAAUGACAUGCAGGGUUCCCCAAGAAAAGAACUUUAAUCUUUUCUUGGGCCCUCAAAAAAAACAAAAAACCCUAACCCUACAGUACAUCAAAAUGUUGGUCGAGGUUUCAUUUAUGAUGGUUUAAAAGCAACUGUACACAGAUGGGUUUUCAGUCUAGAUUUUAAGGAAGUCAGUGUUUCAGCUGUUUUGUAGUUUUCUAGAAGUUUGUUCCAGAUUUGUGGUACAUAGAAGCUGAAUGCUGCUUCUCCAUGUUUGGUUCUGGGGAUGCAGAGCAGGACAAGAAACCAGAAGACCCGAGAGGUCUGGAAGGUUGCUAUAACAACAGCAAAUCUUUAAUGUAUUGUGGCGCUAAGCUGCCAGGUUUAAAAUAACAGUAUUGCUCCACAGGCAACAAACUUGUUGCUUUUGUUAGGCAUUGCAGGGUGACCUAGAUUGGUCCACAUGAUGGCGUGCCUGUGAAUGUUAUCUACCCGCACCUUGCCACGGUAAAAUGCAUGACCAGUGCAAUUAUUUCAGCCGUUCAGUUCAAACGACCCAAGGAUACUGAAAGAGAAAAAUGAGCCAGUCUUUGUACUCGGCGCCUUUUCUUUGGAUUAUCGCCGCAGCCAUUAUGAUGCAGUAAGGGCUGACUGAGUGAGAGUUGAGAUCUCAAGGUUGUCUAUUCAUUUUUGUGUGAAGGCGUGCGUGCAUGCGUGUGUGAUUACAUGUAUGCAUUCGCACAUAGAUUUUCAUGUAUGAUGUAUAUUUGUGCUAUUUGCAAUAACAAGUAACUGCAUGUAAUUCCAGGACUUGAGUGAAGAAAUCAGACAGGAAAGCAGUCCCAGUAAGGUUUUCUCAUCUCUCUUGCACAUCAUCUGGUGAAACUUGAUAAAACUACCUGCCCACAUGCUCAUCUUCAAUCUGUCAUUGUCAGAGUUUCUAUUUAAGGUUCUAACUCAGCCUACUUCCUCCUUUCUGUGGAAGUAUUCCCAUGGACAGCAACAACAAAAAUACCAUUAAGUCACAAAGUCCAGUUAGAUUACUACAACUGAAAAUGACAAUUUCUUGAUAAAAAAGAAAAAAAUACAAAUGGUCUGUGAUAAAACACCGUUGUUUGCGGCCGAGUUAAAGGAAUCCAGUUAGGCAAAGCAGAUACAUUUACAGUAACUGAAUCUGUCAGGCAAGAACUUAUCUAAUCUUCAGUGAUGAUGGGUAAGAGACGGUAAAGAAAACAGGACAGGUGAGUGUUGUUGAUCGAGUUCUCUGGAAAGCGGAGGAGGGAUGGAGGUGUGGCCACCCUCAGGUGGAAUUCCCCUGAAUUUACCUCUCCAUCCCCCACGCCUCCACAGGGAUAUAAACAUGUUGACUUCCAACCGAAAGCACUUUUUUACCUUGGAGAAAGGAACCUUAUAAAGAACAGCCAGAACCAAAGACCGAAGAGACAACACACAAAUUAAAGUGGGAUAGUUUGGAAUUUUGUUUUUAAUUUAACCAUACAGUGGCUUGUCCUGAAAGAGGUAAAUGACUCCAAAGAAUUAUUUAACACAAUUCAUGUAGAUGAGACGUUCACAUUUUAAGUUACAACAAUGUGAAAAACGUUACUUUUGAUAGAAAAUGCUCAGAAUAACUGAUUUGUAACUCCUCGAUGUCUCUCAGAGACUCGAUGUCGUCGCCGUGCCUCAGCAGCAUCUUGACUCACGCCAACCUGACGAUGUAUCAGACUGGCUUAACCGACAUCCCCCCACAGCAGUUCCAUGUUCUGCCCACCAUCCACACUCUGGAGAGCAGAAGUUACAACAACAGAGGUAACUGGUACAAACAGACCAGCCCUCACCACUGGACGGCAGACCAGGUUCUAGAGUGGAUCAGCGACCAUGUGGAGAGCACCAAGUUUGAUGCCAGCACCCUGAGUCUGGAUUUCUGCUCCAUUGACGGCCCAAACCUCUGCCGCAUGAGCCAGGAAGAAAUGACUGCCGUUUUCGGCCCACAGCUCGGCCCACAUCUUUACCAGAACUUAGAAGAGUACAAGACCAAACAUGAACUGCAGAGUCUCUCUGGACCAGAACUCAGUGAGACAUGUCAACUUCUUGAUAACUUCCUGGACAACUUGAGCUUCCCUUUGCUGACCACGCUCAAAAUUGGUGAAGAAGCUGAGAUCAAGAGAAACUUCGAAUACCGCGAUGGUUAUGAUUUGACCAGAUUCACCAUGGAGACCCUGACAACUCUGGACGACACUGAUUACCUUUCUGACAAUCCAUCUGACAGUGAAUGCAGCUCCUCGACUAACAGUGGCACAUUUAGAUUCAUGAGCUCACCAGACUCCGGCAGCAGCGAAUCAGACCCUGAGUUCUACCCUGUGCCAAAGGUCCACAUCAAAACCGAAGAUGUAGACUGUCGCAUCAAGAGACCCCGAGGGCGGCCUCCUAAAGUCAACCGUGGACACAGCAGCAGCAUAUACGACAACCCAAAGAAAAGCAAACAUGCACCACGUGGCACCCACCUGUGGGAGUUCAUCAGAGACAUCCUCAUCCACCCCGAGAAGAACCAGGGCCUGAUGAAGUGGGAGGACCGUCGGGAGGGGGUGUUCAAAUUCCUCAAGUCCGAGGCCGUCGCCCAGAUGUGGGGCCAGAAGAAGAAGAACACCAGCAUGACCUAUGAGAAACUCAGCCGGGCCAUGAGGUAUUACUACAAGAGAGAGAUUUUGGAGCGGGUUGAUGGCAGAAGACUUGUGUACAAGUUCGGAAAGAAUUCCAGUGGGUGGAAGACUGAGGAGAUUGGCAGCGGUAUCGGAGGCGUCAGUCUCUGAGCAGAUAGGGAUCACGAAGCCGACCAGUGCAGAAGUUUAGGAACCAGAAAAGCCUGUUUUUUGCCUGGCUGGGGAAAAAAGUCGUUACUAUCUGAAAUUUUAAAGACAAAACUUCCUCUUACAGGGAAGGUGUUGCAGAAAAUGUAAGCCAUUGUGUUUGGCUCCAGUAGGUUUUAUGAACCGAUAUUAAUGUUUCACGUGUUUUAUAUUUUGAUCCUGGUUACAGAAACUUUAGACAUAGUUCUACCAAAGUUUUUGAGCCUUUGUAAACAAAGUAACAGUUGUACAAUAUUCGCCGAAGUUUGCAUAUAGUGUGUGUUUUUUUAUUGUAAAUUUAUGACCUGCUAAUCUCUGUUCUUAAAAGUUUCUGCGGUGGUGCAUGGGUAUAAGUAACUGACACUGGUAAUAUCUAAUUUUCUUUACUGUUCUGUCGUGGUUCCGUUGACAUGCGAAACUCAAUUGUGGCUCUGAAUGUGAGAUUUGGAAAACACAAAUUAGAGACAGAACAGAGAGAAACAAAUGUAGGUGAUGUUUUUUGUCACGUCAGCAUUUACCUUAUGUUUUACCUAUUUGUAUGACUUGUUAUAAAGUGUGUAAAGCGUGUUCUCACAAUGUCUAUUAAAGAAUAACAGAUGAGUAGUCCUACUAUGUAGUUUACGGAUUUUAUGAUUAGAAUUUUUUUCACAUAAUAAAUGUUUGACUCGUCAAUCUCUGUGUUGGUGGAUGUGAGAAAUAAACCACGUUGUGUAAAUGCUAA